CUAAAGUUGAAUUAUUAAAGCAUCCUUUUCUCCAAUCUAAUAGAAAUCCUUAACUACCACUGUGUCUCUCUCUGUGAAUGACAAAUACCAACUACAUCUCUCCAUAAAUACACUCAACAAGGCUCUUUGUACCUUCCGUAUGCAUCUCUUCUAACGCUGAACUACACAUUGGUGUCUGUGUCUAAAUCUUUUGAAGCUUGGAGACUCAUGGGUUUUACUCCUACUGCAACACCUCCUCAUCUUUAUCCUCAAGAACUUCAACUUAAGCUUUACCAGGCUUUCAUAUUUUCAAUUCCUAUUCUCUUCUCCAUUAUACUGUUCCUCUUGUUUUACUUGUUCUAUCUCAAGAGAAGGCCUACCUCAGUCUCAUCUCCUACUCAGAUUCUUCCAACAAGCUCUAACCAGUCUACUCAACCUGUGCUCUCUGUUUGUCAGAUUGGUUUGAAGAAAGAGAUCAAAGAUAAGCUUCCAAUUGUGUUAUUUGAUGAAGAAUUAAAGACAAGAGAAUCACAGUGUUGUGUUUGCUUGGGGGAAUUUGAGAUCAAAGAGGAGUUGCUGCAAAUCCCAUCAUGCAAACAUGUGUUUCACAUUGAAUGUAUUCAUCAUUGGCUGCACUCAAACUCAACAUGUCCACUUUGUAGAUCUUUUGUCAUCCCCACCACCAAACUUGAUAAUCUGGCCCAAUCUGGUGGACAUGAGACACCCAUAGAGCAAGAUAAUCCAAACUCCAACUACCAUACGCAGAUUGCAUCAGAACAGCAGCAGCAACAACAACAAGCUGAGUUCAGCCACAGCCUUGUGAUACCUAUAGAAGAAUCAUCAAGUGCAGAAGCUUGUUCAAUGGCAUCAGCUGGCUCACCCGAGCUUUCCAUUUCCACAGAGAAUGGAAGGGGUUGUUCAAGUCAAGAAUCUGUUGCUAUAAAUAUCCAAACAUAGUAACAAACAGAUGAAACCAUUUUUCCUUCUUUAUGAAGCUGAUAUUAAUAAAAUAGAUAGGUCAAAGCCCUCAGGGCAUACACUUUUAUACAAAUGAAUUAUCCUUCAAAUUUCUUUCUUUUCAAAAAUUUGGAGGCAGAGGAGGCUGGGGUUGAGAUUAAGUGGCAGAUUGAGAGGCAAAUGUAAUAUUCCCUUUUCUUAUAAUAGUUCAAAUUUUCUUAA